CUUAAAAGAUCCCCUUGAUCCGGCGCACCUGUACAAACGUAAAUUUUCGUCGUAUGUUUAUAAACACGCUGCGCUCGUAUUAUUGCUGGCUUACUACUCCACUGCUCUGAUGGUGUUUGAAGAUGGUGGUGUGGUUGUUACUGCUGGUGUACCAGGUCAUCGCCAGAGAUAUUUCUUUCAAUACUAACUAUACAAUUAGAAAAGCAGUCGCAUGUCCCAAAGUGGGAUAUUUCCUCCAAAGGGAGCUGACCCCAAAUACAGUGGAGCCAGGUACCUGCCACCUCUGCUUCUGCCAAGGUGGUGACAGCGCAGUGUGUUGGGUAAGAGAGAACAAGAGAUGUGACGUGGAGAGCUACCAUCAUCAUCAUAUCGGAGGAAGACGUACAAAUGUAGCGAGGGCACGCCGGAGUCCCGUGGGAUUGAGCGAUAUUUUCUUUAAAGACGCAACUAGACAAGUAUUCAAUAAACAAGUUCCAGAAGUGUGUAAACCGUAUGAGUCGAGUUUCAGCGAAGGAUGUCCUCCAGCCGACUGGUGCACUGGCUGUACGGUGUGCGACUGCGGUGCUAAUGGUCAUUGGAACUGUCAUCUAUUAAGUUUCUGUGACGAUGUUAAAAAGAAAAAACAAGCCGAGAAGAAUAAAAAAUCCCCAAAGAAAAUAUUGAAACAAUCACAGCAGUCUACUAAAAUAACACCUAAACGUCGAACACAAAUCAUUAAGACUCCAAAUCAGACCACAAAGAAACCAAAUCAGAAGGAUGCUAAGAAAGCACAACCCUCACGAGCUAAAUCUGAACCUAAACAAGCCAAAGGGAAAAGUAUCCCAGCUAAAUAUAUAGCAAAGGGAAAAAGUACGAGGGAUAAAGGAAUAAGUAUGUCUCCAAGACCAGUAGUUAUUAAAAAAGAUAUUGCAACAAAAAAUCCUGUUGUUAUAAAUUCAAAAAUAACACAAAAAGUGAAAAAUAAUACAAAUACAAAUGUCAUUGCUCAGGAAGUAGUGAAACGCGUUUUAACUGCCAUGCAGAAAGUAUUAAGAAAUCAAGUGACCGCUUCGUUACCAAAUUUUAUUCAAACGGUUCAAAAAAGAUCAAUGGAACAGUUUUAUAAAAAUAUGGCAGCGAAGAAUCAAAGAAAUAAAGCCAAAUAUAAAACACUAUUAUCACGUAAAAAACAAUACAAACAAACUGUAGCCAUGAAGAAAAAUAGAGCAAAGAAACAAAACGAUGAACAAAAUAUAUUUCUAAAUAAAUCACAAAGUAAAAUUACAUAUAAUAUGAAAAGAUAUCAACCAAAGAGAUAUAAGCGCGAAUUGAGUACAUUGAUAGAAAAUAGCUCUUUGACCUAUGAAGGAAAUGAAACAAUUUCUGCUUCAAAUAAUUUGAAAACGGCGACAGAGAAUUCAAUUGUGAAUUACACCACACUUUAUAAUAAUUUCACAUAUUCAAUACCAUCAGCUAUUCCGGUAACUACAAGUAAAGUAUUGACAAAUAACUACGAUACAUAUUCCAUAAGAGAUAAUACAAAUGUUACGACCAUAAAUUCAACAGAAACUGAAUAUAAUAAACUUUCAAAAGAACCUAUGCAGUUUAAAAAUACAGAUUAUAAUGUAACAAACUAUUCAAAUAUAAGCAGAGUAAUAACAAUGCCAGAUAAUGUAAAUGCUAAUGAAUUGAAAUUUAAUAAAUGGUUUCAUUUUAAAUUGUUUAAAGAUAAAGGAAAAGAUCAAAGACAAAAUGAAAUAAAUGCUACUGUUUCUGAGAAAUUAGAUAAAGAUACCACAAAUAAUAACAAAUUAACAGAAUACAAAAAUAAAAUCUGUAGAAAAGAUGUUAGAAGAAAAGUUGGUGCAUCAAGGAAAUACGAUAUAAAAAGAGUUCUUAAUUAUAAAAACAAUAGAACAAAAUCAAACAUCGGCAGUGAUAUAAAAGAUAAAGUGUAUAAUAAAAUAUAUUACCUUCAAAAUUCUUUAAAAACUAUGUUGAAUGGAUUUAAGAAAAACAAUACAUUUAAAGGAAGAACAAAAAAAUUAAACGUAAUAAAGUAUAUGAAAAAGUUCUUUAAGAAAAUAUUCUUUACAGGAAGAAAUAAAACCAAAAAUAGUGAUUUACAUGUCAAUAAGCACACAAUAAAAUCUCUAUGUGAUAGCUUUGGCCCCUGUAAUGAUAAAACUAAAGACAGUGAAGAAUUACAAAGAAAACUAAAGAAAUUGAAUGUAGAAACUUACACCAUAAUGAAAAGUAUAAUUAUAAUUAAAGGAUUACUUAGACUCUUAGAACUUCCUACACAUUACAAAGAAGUUAAUAAUGACACAUUAGAAAAUAAAACAACUGAUUUAAAAAACGACAUAAGAAAACUAAAUGUUCUUUUCAAAAUGCUGAAUACUAAUGACAAUUAUAGCAGCAAAUUAAGCAAAACACAAAAUACUCAAAUAAACUACAUUAAAAGUAACACAAAAAUAUUUAUGCGUUCAGUGAGAAGAUUUGUUUAUAUUUUAAAUGAUAUUGUUGCAUUUUUAACAAGUAAAGAUCAUUUACAAAAUAAUAGAAAUGAUACUAAAAAAGAAUUCUUAAAUAGUCAUAAAUUAAACACAACAAGCCAAGAACCGAUAAGAAAUUUAAAAAAAAUAUUAGUGAAAUAUAAUUCAAUACAAAAUACUUUUAUGAGUAAGAUGUAUAAGAUUUUGACUAAAUUUCAAAGAAAAUUAUAUCAAAGUGAUUCUAAAAGAACCGACUAUCAUUUGAAACUGUCCAUGAAUGAAAAUAAUGUCACCAAAGCCGUCGAUACCUUUUCAAACAAUAUAAUUAUGAAUCUUAAAAAACUUAACAAUCUUGCUCGAACAUUAAAUCCACGAAGAAGAAGAACAAGAGACAUCUUGAAAGAUGUUGAUGCAAUUGAAUACUUGUUAAUGUUAAUGGAAUAUUUAGUGAAACAAAAUUAUCGUUUAGAAGGAGUACCAGUUCACGAUGGUAUAGACUUACUUAUAGACACCAUAAGAAAUGCACCGGAUAUAAAGUCAGUAAAGAAAAAAGUACUGCUAUAUGCUAAUUCUAACUUAACUGUUCCUAAGACUACAGAAUCAGCACCAAUGAAUAUGUCUAGAGAAGACAGCUUUUCCGACUCAAACAGGGUAUCGAAUGAAGAUAUAUUUCAUCCUAUUUUAGACAAUUCAAAAUCCAUAGCUCCAGACCAGUCUAAGGAUGUAGACAAAGAGCAUGAAAAAAUUUAUUUAUACCAAGUUGAUAAAGGAGUGUCUAAUACUGAUAUCAGUUUUUCUAAAACGACAAAUACAGAAGUAGUAUCAAGAAGAUAUGAAUAUACUGAAGCAUCAGUAACAGAAACUCCUUUUAAUCAGGUCUAUGGAAAUGAUAAAAGAAAGGACAUUGAUGUUAAUCCCCAAGGUCGUAAUGGGGAUGAUAAGAAAACGUUCGAAAUAUUUUCUGCCGAUUUUGAAGAUAAUAAUAACAUUCUAGAAGAUACUAGUACUACAUUAAAAUCUAGUUCUGAAAGUGGACAUUUGAUCUCUAGUACUCCAGUUCCGGAUACAACAACUGUUAUUCAGAAAGGUAAGAUAAAAAUGAGACAUUUCAAUGAUCAUACUGAAGAUAAUUCGGUAAAAUCUAAGAUAUAUUGGACUAAUACAGAUUAUAGCGAAGAAGAUUUAAAUUUAACCACUAUAACUGUAAAACCUUUAACUGUAACUAUUACUAAAAAACCGAGGAAAUAUGUGCAGAACGUUAGUGGUAUUUCCAGUGAAAUAGAUAAUAAAAAGAGAUUUAAAAUUAACACAGAAGACGUUAUAUUAAGGAAAGAGAACGAUCUAUUGAAUUCAUUAGAUUAUGGCACAGAAAAAAUGGAGAUGGAAGAUUCAGGGUCUAGAGAUGACAUCGACAGGCUUUCAAGUGAUAAUUUCCCUUCAUACUAUAUAUAAUUGCGUUUCAAAGUUUGUAUUUAUAAAAUGGUAUAUAACUUUGAAUACAUAUCACUGUGUAUUACUUUAACUAUAUAUUGUUUUUUUUUUUUGAAAUUAUUUUGUGAUAUAAUUUAAAGUCGAUUGCUUGGGUACCUCUGUCCCAUUCGUGUUUCUACCGUGAAGCAGUUGUUUGCAUGGCUGUGUUUCGGUUUAAAGGGUGGGAUAUGGCGUGAAUUUACAGGGUACAGAGGAAUACCACCUGAGUCCUCAGGAAUGGCAACGCAUGGGGGUGUAUCAUGGGCGAAACAGUAUACUCUGUUAUAUCCAUGGCACUGCUCAUGUCUAUAGGCGACGGUUACCACUUUCCAUCAGGUGGGCCGUCAGCUUGUUUGCCAUUCUAAGUUGUAUAAAAAAAAGAAUAGUCGAUCGAUUAAUGUGAAGUAAAAAAAAGGAAAGAUAAAUUUUACUUAAGGAAUAGUACCUAUAUGGAAUAAAAUAAUAUUUAUUUAAUUUUAGUGGUGUAUUUUAAUUAAUAGAUUUUUUAAAAUGAAUACAAGGUUGUCUGUAAGAGAUUGCUUUUAGCUUAUACAUAUUUAGCAUAUACAAAACUGGUCUUCAUUUCAAAUUGUACCUCAUGUUGUUACUUUAUUCCACCUUUUGUGAAGAGAAAAUAAACCAUUCAUUCAUUCAUUCAUUCAUAUGCACAUUCUGUAUAAAUACUCCUUGUAUACAUCUCUAC